ACAUCCCCCUUUUUUUUUCUUCUUCUUAACAGGAAAACAGAACUUCAAGGAUCCCAACUGCAUCUUUUUUUCUGAAUAUCAUCUCAAACGUGGGCAUACUUCUAUCUCACCCUCCUGUCUUACAAUUAGAGAGAACCCACUUGCUCUUCCCGACGUGGACAGUUUGGGUUGUUGGUGUCACAGGCGUUGUUGAUGUCAUUGGCUUCAAGGAACCUGAGGCAAAGGGCUGCUGUGAGAUGCUUUUUCUUUGCUUGGGAGCUGUGCCACGUCCUGCUGUGAGGACGGAGGGUGGUGCAUUGAGAACGUCCCUUACUGUCUUCGUUUGUGUAGGUCGAUGCAGGCCAUGUUCCUCCCGCUGCUGAUGUUGAGCCUGGGCUUGCAACUUCAUCACAUAGCAGCUUUAUUCACGGUGACAGUCCCUAAGGAAGUGUACACAGUAGAGUUCGGCAACAACGUGAGCCUGGAGUGUGAUUUUGACCACAGAGAAUGCACGGAGCUCGAAGAAAUUAGAGUCAGUCUGCAGAAGGUAGAAAAUGAUACCUCUUCGCCAAGUGAGAGAGCCACCCUACUGGAGGAGGCGCUGCCCCUGGGGAAGGCCUUGUUCCACAUCUCCAGUGUCCAAGUGAGAGAUGCGGGGCAGUACCGCUGUCUGGUCAUCUGCGGGGCCGCCUGGGACUACAAGUACCUGACGGUCAAGGUCAAAGCUUCUUAUAAGAAUAUAGACACUAGGAUCCUAGAGAUCCCAGGAACAGGGGAGGUACAGCUCACCUGCCAGGCUAGAGGUUACCCCCUGGCAGAAGUGUCCUGGCUUAACGUCAGUGUUCCUGCCAACACCAGCCACAUCAGGACCCCUGAAGGCCUCUACCAGGUCACCAGUGUUCUGCACCUAAAGCCACAGCCUGGCAGAAACGUCAGCUGCAUGUUCUGGAAUGCUCACAUGAAGGAGCUUACCUCAGCCAUCAUUGGCCCUCUGGGUUGGACUGAACCUAAGGUUCCCGGAACGUCACCCCUUCACGUUUUCAUCCCAACUUGCAUCGUUGCUUUAAUCUUCACAGCCGCAGUGAUAGCCCUGAGAAAGAAGCUCUGUGGAAAGCUGUGUCCUAGAAAUAGAUCUGGACCUGUGGUCUUGGGAGUUAGGAUGAUCUAAUGGGACAUCCUCAAGAGGCUCUGGACUCUGCAUGAGGACCCCUUGGCCUGCAGAACCUGCUAUUUGCACUUUUCAAAUGCUUUGGAUGAUGACCGAGCACUCCCAUCAGGAGCCUGCAAGACUGACAGCCGCCUCGGUCUCACGACUCCAUCUGAACAAGUAUAACUGCACUUUAGAAACUCAUCCCAGGGGUCCUGGACCCCAGUAAGGGCCUGAGAACAAAAAGAAUUGUUUUCCCCUGGGUUUCCACAGGGAGAUGUGGAAAUUCCCCAUUUAGUAAAACAGAUUGUCAUAGAGUUAUUUAUAUCCAUCAUUUCCUCUGGUGGUUGGAAGCUUCAGACAGGUUUCGGAUAAACACAGUCAUAACUGUUGGGUUUCACAGCCUCCUAGUAUCCUGGCAGCCUCUGAAGUUCUAAUUGACAGGAAGCAGACAAGCACACAUGAAGUACACAAACUUGGGAUAAGGCAUUUGUUUUGACCUUGCUUUUUUAAGGGCUGAGUCACGAGGCAUUUGCUGUAACCUGUAUUGGUGUUCUCUUGUUCAACUACAUCUUUCCCUUAACACAAAGCGUUGUAGGGUUUUGCUGCUGCUGCUGCUGUUAUUGUUGUUUUUCAGUGGCAUUACCUUAAGAAAAAAGUCAUGCCAGUGUGUUGUGCCUUCGGAGAUUUCAGAUGAGGAGCCCCAAGUUAAGCCAACUUUCCUAGCCUUCUGUGUGAUUUUACAGUGAACCUUCUAGCAGCUUCGUUUUGACAGCUGUAAUGUGGUGCUGUCAUUAGUUAGGGCAUUUGAUGAAGGGCAUUCUGGAAGUUCUUUCAGGUCUCAUUGUGCUCAGACGACAAAAAGGUGCUAAAUGUGGUCUGUAUGCUGGAACCAUGAAACUCAGUGAAUUUACUGACCUGCGAACUAUCCAAAUGUCACAUUAGCUACUGUGACAGCUGUAGGUUAGCGGCCUGAAGCAAGCGCUUUACCUGGUGUUUAGACUGAGCAGAAUUUGGAGUUAAUGAGAUGAAAGAGUGUUAUAUCAUAUUAUAUAAUAAUAUAUAUAAGUAUAGUAUAAAAUAUUAUACUAUGUUUUGUCUCAGGACUUUUUACCUUCCUUUCAUUCUGCAUGUCCUACUUUCCUGCUUCCUCUGUGUCUGG